UGCGUCUCUGCCUCUCAGGGGCUUCAGCUACGUGGACUUGGUGGAGGGGCUGCAGGAUGGCCGUUUCUACGCCCUGAAGCGCAUCCUGUGCCAUGACAAGGAGGACCGCCGGGAAGCCCUGCACGAGGUGGAGAUGCAUGGCCUCUUCGAGCACCCCAACAUCCUGCGGCUCGAGGCCCACUGCAUGGUGGAGAAGGGGCCCAAGCACGAGGCCUGGCUGCUGCUGCCCUUUCUCAGGAGAGGGACCCUGUGGAGUGAGGUGGAAGCUCUGCGAGACAAAGGCACUUUCCUGCCUGAGGAGCGGAUUGUCCUCAUUCUCCUUGGCAUCUGCCGGGGGCUGGAAGCCAUUCAUGCCAAGGGCUAUGCACACAGAGACCUGAAGCCCACCAAUGUGCUGCUGGAUGAUGAGGAGCAGCCUGUGCUGAUGGACCUAGGCUCCAUGAACCAGGCCCACAUCGAGGUCAAGGACUCCCGGGAGGCCAUGGCUUUGCAGGACUGGGCAGCCCAGCGCUGCACCAUCUCCUACCGGGCACCAGAGCUCUUCACCGUGGAGAGAGACUGCGUCAUUGAUGAGCGAACAGAUAUCUGGUCCCUAGGCUGUGUGCUGUACUGCAUGAUGUUCGGCGAGGGCCCCUAUGACCUCAUCUUCCAGAAGGGUGACAGCGUGGCUCUGGCAGUGCAGAACCAGCUCCGCGUGCCCACCAGCGGCAGGUAUUCCACUGCCAUGGAGCACCUGCUCUCCUCCAUGAUGGCGGUGAAGCCUCAGGACCGGCCUCAUGUCUCCUACAUACUUGACCAGCUGGAGGGGCUGCAGGCAGCAUCAAGUGGCCAGGACACCACCCGCAUCUGA